CUCAUUGUUGGUGGGGACAUCAUUCAAGCUGGUGUUUUAAGGCCAGAGGGAGGCUCCCAGUUCAUUAGGGCUGUGUUUCGAGGGUUGGAAUAGGAGAGGGGUACUACGUCUCGUGGUGACAGCGAGUCCCCAGAAGAUUCACAGAGUUUCAGGGAAAAGGGGCCAAAAGGCAGUGGACUGGCUGAGCUAAGAGAGACCAGAGGGAGAGUCCUGGGAAGAUGGCACCUGCCAGUUUGGUUUUUGCCUGGUUACUGUUCAACAUGAGGAUGGUCAUCUCGGUGGUCUAUGUGGAGCCUGAGGAGGAGGAGAUCAAUGAAACUGUCAUCUGUACCAACGAUCAAAUGGAGGUUGUUAUUCCCAGUGCUUUUUUCCUCAACAAAGUGCCUCCGGUUUAUGUUUGGGAUUUGCAUUUAAAUGAUCCAGAGUGCCGUGGCGUUGAGGUGGGAGAUGAUUACGUUUUCAGCAUAAAGACAAACCUCUCAGACUGUGGGACUAUAACGGCCUCGGAUGAUACACACAUCAUGUUCAUAAACACCAUACACAACAACGAUUCAGACGUUAUAACGAGAAACUACAUCAACAUAACGUUUGUGUGCCGCUACCCCAUCAACUACAUGGUCCAGCAGCCCAAUGGUGAGAACAUGAUCAGAGUGGAUGUCAGAACGAUAACUCUGAACACAGAGGAUGGGAACUUCUCAGUGUCAAUGCUGUUGUACAAAGAUGAAGCCUUUGAGGACCGGUGGACCACUGUGCCAUCACUGACACUGGAUGAUGACAUCUUUGUGAAAGUUUUCAUGAUACCGGCUCACCUGAUGCUGCGUAUGGAGAGAUGCUGGGCUACACCAACCAGUGAUCCAUACAGCAAUAUACAGUACACCUUCAUCAGAGACAGCUGCCCGGUGUUGUCAAACGAACAGACCCUGAGUGUCCUGAAGAAUGGCCAGGGUCCAGAGGCCAUGUUCAGGAUACAAAUGUUUAAGUUUGUCGGCGGCUCUUACACUAAUGUCUUCCUCCACUGCAACGUCCAGAUCUGCCACAACACCCCAGGGCUGUGCCAGCCUAACUGCUCUGGUGAAGAAGGAUUAGUGAGGAUGCGGAGAGACAUCCCGCUGUCCCAUACAGUGUCUUAUGGACCAAUCAGACGACUACUAAACGAUAGUGAAAAGCCCAAUCUGAGUGGAGUCCCCCCUGUGGAGACUUUUGUCCUUGGAGGGCUGCUGGUCGUCCUGCUGCUGAUCACAGGGGUGUUUGGGAGACUGUGGCUCCGCUCCAGACGUUUCUACCCAGCCCGAGAGGCGCAGCUCACUCUGUCCAACAUUCACCACAUCUCAGAGGUGGCCUCAUGAAUAAGGGGGGCUGCAGCUUUUCUGAGCAGACGAAUGGACAAACAAACACAUAAACAUGUACAAAUACGAACACACAUGCACAGGUGUGAUUUAUGAUAAGAAUGAAAGUUUUGCAAAUGUUUCUCUUUAUAAAAUGAAGUUGUUAAUUUGUAGGAAAUUGACUCAAUAAAAGUCUCCCUCAA